AGGGAAUGCCGCAGCCAAGUCAGCAGGCAGAGCAACAGCUCCGCCAUGGACAGCUCAUCAUCGCCAGAAUGUGUCCACGAGCUUCUGACCAAUAAGAGGAAGAACGGCAACAGCUCGGAAGAUUCGAGAAUGGGAUGGAGAAGGUUCAAGAAGGAAAGCAACACAGGAUCGUCCGUGUCGACCACUUUGAAGCUGUAUGAGGAUCCGUGGAAGAUAAAGAAGACGCUGACGGAGAGCGACCUGGGAAUCCUGAGCAGGCUGCUGCUGGCGGCGGGAUCGGUGAAGAGGCACAUUCUGCCGGUGCUGGACGGCGAGGAUGCGAGAGGCGUGGAGAGCGAGGAAGGAAUUCAGGUUAGGGUUUGGGACGUGGACACCAAAUCCAUGCACCAGCUGCUGCUGAAGCGGUGGUCGUCUUCCAAAAGCUUUGUGCUGAUCGGCAAGUGGAGUCAGGACUUCGUCCGGCGGAGGGAAUUGCGCAAAGGCGACGAGAUUGGCUUCUACUGGGACCCUUAUUCCUCCCUCUUCAACUUCUGCGUUCUUAAGCGCGCUAAUCGCCCCUAGUACAUUUUAUAGCUGCAUCUUUGCCUUUCUUUUGUUUUCCAUCCAAUACUAUUUUUGUCAGAUGACGAGAAGUUUAUACGAAUAUUAGAGUAUGCUAACAACGUCCUUAAUUUCAUGGCUAACAAGAUCGAUUUGAACCUAUAUUGCUUUAUUAAGUUAUCAAUCAUAUCUUUACUAAGUAGACUGGACUGAAGUUUGUUGGUAAUAGUAUAUUGAUUUUUACAUGGUCUC